AUGACCAUGACUAAUAAUUAUUUUUGGAUGGACAUGAAGAUAUUAGAUGAGGGUAUGGAUUCAUUCACCGUUGUUAUACAUCAUUUUCCUAUUUCAAUCAUGGCUUCACUACUGAAUACAGUCUCACCAGCUGCAAAUUUGUCCCAUAAAACAAAACGACCCACUUGCGGCGGUUUCUUGCACUCACAGGUUCCAAAUCUCCAUACUUUUUCCCACGACAAGGGUUUUUCUAGGGUUUCGGCUUCGACCCAGAUUGCCAUUACCCCAAAAGAUACGGUUUUUAACCUCCCCAAUUGGAGGGCUGGGAGGAAUGACCCAAGGGGUAAAGAGCUGAGGGUUUAUGAUGCAUUUCUCCAUUUAGAGUAUUUGGUGGGUAAGGGUCAAAAGCCUGAGGUGACUCAAGCAACUCAGCUUUUAUAUGAUCUUUGCAAGCUUAACAAAGCUAGAAAGGCUGUUAGGGUGAUGGAUAUGAUGGUUGGUUCAGGUAUUAUACCUGAUGCAGCUUCCUUUACAUACUUGGUCAAUUUUCUGUGCAAGAGAGGCAAUGUUGGGUAUGCACUUCAGUUGGUUGAGAAGAUGGAGGGGCAUGGUUUUCCAACUAGUACUGUUACCUAUAACACUCUUGUUAAAGGCCUCUGCAUGCAUGGCAACUUGAACCAGAGCUUGCUGCUUUUGGAUAAGUUGACAAAGAAGGGUUUGGUCCCGAAUGCAUUCACAUUUUCUUUCCUUCUCGAGGCGGCUUAUAAGGAAAGGGGAGUGGAUGAGGCCAGGAAGCUUCUUGGUGAGAUAAUUGCCAAGGGUGGAGAGCCUAAUUUGGUUAGCUACAAUGUGCUGUUAACUGGGUUGUGUAAGGAAGAGAGAACUGAAGAAGCUAUUAGGCUUUUCAGGGAAUUGCCUGCAAAAGGGUUCACUCCUAGUGUUGUGAGUUACAACAUUUUGCUGAGGAGUUUGUGCUAUGAAGGGCGGUGGGAGGAAGCGAACGAACUUCUGGCAGAGAUGGAUAAAGAGGGCCAGUCUCCUUCUGUGGUUACUUACAACAUUUUGAUUACUUCACUUUCGUUUCAUGGAAGAACAGAACAAGCUUUCCAGGUUUUGGAUGAAAUGACAAGGAGUGGGUUCAAGGUGACUGCUACUAGCUAUAAUCCGAUUAUUGCCCGCCUCUGCAAGGAAGGGAAAGUGGAUCUUGUUGUUCAGUGUCUAGACCAAAUGAUUCACAGACGUUGUAGUCCUAAUGAUGGAACAUACUGUGCUGUUGCAAUGCUGUGUGAGCAAGGUAAGGUGCAGGAGGCUUUUUUUAUAAUCCAAAGCUUGGGUAAUAAACAAAGCAACCCUAUGCAUGAUUUUUACAAAAACGUGAUUGCAAGCCUGUGUAGGAAAGGGAACACAUAUGCAGCCUUUCAGCUGUUAUAUGAAAUGACAAAGUAUGGAUUUACUCCAGAGUCCUUUACUUAUUCAUCUUUGAUAAGAGGAAUGUGUAGGGAGGGAAUGCUAGAUGAGGCUCUGAAGAUAUUCAGGAUUUUGGAAGAAAAUGACCACAUGCCUAAUAUUGAUAACUACAAUGCACUUAUACUUGGAUUUUGCAAAGCUCGGAGAACAGAAAUGUCAAUAGAGAUAUUUCUGAUGAUGGUUAGCAAAGGAUGUGUGCCUAAUGAGAAUACCUAUACCAUUCUUGUGGAAGGGCUUGCUUUUCAAGAGGAGACAGAUAUAGCAGCAGACCUUUUGAAAGAGUUGUGUGUGAAAGAGGUUCUGAGCCAAAGUACUGCUGAAAGACUCUGUAUGCAAUUCGACUUAAAGGAAUUAAUAGCAGCAGAGUAG